UAAUCAUUGUAACGAACGUGUUAAACACAUAGUUGGUCGGAAAGUGUACACUCGUCCGACGAAUGUUUAUGAACGUGUACACAUGUAAUCUAUAUCUAGAAUAUUAUAUGGAAAGGUUCUGAUAUUCCACUGAAAAUGCUACUUUGAUGUAAUGAAUAAUUUUGCUAACAACAACCUUGCAGCAUGUUCUAACAAUCGGAGUUUCCGUGGAUAGUGAUUUAUUUUACAUCUUUGAAAGAUAACUUCACAAAAGGAAAUUGGAAAAGACAAAUUUAGGGUUAGUUUCAAACAGAGGCUCGUCGGCUAAAAUGCAGUUCACUAUCUGCUAUACACUUUAAACAGAGUAGUGUUGUUUAAAUGCAUCAGCACUAUUUACUAACGUGAGCAGCGAAAUGUGAUGGGAAUAUUUCAUGUGCUUUAAGGUGUAUUAUAUAUGCUUUUUACAAGUUGUUCAUACUAAAAUAAUAAUGAUACAUGUAAAUAAUUUCAAAGUGAUAUUACGGAUGUGCGGAUUAGAGGACGCCAUUCCGGUUCACUUUAAGCCGGAUGGCGGGAGGUUCCAGAAAACAAAUACGGUUAAGCUUAUUAAAGAUACGGAUUAUAGUGUAAGCUUCAAUACUAAACCGGCGAUGAACAUCGCCAAACUGAUGAUCAACGGAGAGCUGCAUAGACUGGAGCUGGUGAAUGGAAAGUCGAAUGACGAAGUCUCGAACGGACGGACGUACAAGACACUGUUCACUACUAAGGGGUUCGAGCUGACAAAGUCAGGAAAGCGACGGGAAAUCCUUAUAGUCAUCGAGCUGGAAAAUGGCGUAUACAUGAGGGUGACCCUCCAGUGCAAAGUGUACGCCCCAGGGGACAAGAGCCACGCCCAGUGGGGUGACAAACUCUCCAUGAUAGACAUGGACUGCAGUUUGGACCCGGCGCAUAAUUACGUCACUAUUUUAAAGGAGAAAUAUUUGUGACGUUGUUGAACUAAACGCGUAUUAUUGCAUAAACUGGGAAUUAUUUAAGACGUUGUUAAGUUUUUCGAGUUCUCUUGUCUUUAAUAAACAUUAGCUUAGUGCGGACAAUGCGCUUAGUGCGUAGUUGUUUUACCCUGGUAAUAUUUGAAACGUCGUCCCUUGCAAUGAAUGAUUAUAAAGCAAUUGAAUAUACAGAACUAAUGACAAUUACGUCAUUUUGAAUGAGAACUAUCUGUGUAUCAUUUACUAAAAUGGGUCCGUUUUAAAUUAAACUGUAUGUUACAUCCGGCGCACAAAUGGUUUACGGAUAAUUAUAUUCGUCUAGCGACAUGUAAUUGAAACAAAUGCAUAAGUCACUUUUUCAUACGUAAUGCGAUAAAGAACAUGCUGCAAUUGUAUCAUCUUUACAAGCAAAAUAAUUGCUAUAUUUGAAAUACUGUACCUAGUUUGUACGGGCUUAUUUUUGGACGUGGUAUUAAAGUGUGUCAUUAAUAAACAUGAGAACAACUUACAACCCAAAGCGUAAAAACGUGAAGAUUGCCAUAUCAAAUUGUUAUAAUGGAUUAACUAAGACAUCAUUAGAAUUUAAAAUAUUGCAAUUUUUAAUACAUAUGAAUAUGAAACACCCUUACGUUCAUUAUUAUUCAGUUUUUUGUGUGUUUCUAUUUGUAGUUUAUAUAAAACUUAUUUUCGGCAAGCAAUAUUACAUUAUUCGCAUACUUACGUCGCAUUUACCAUAAUCUAUUCAAAUAUAAUUAUGGAAGAGAUAUUUAUGUUGAUCUCUCGCUUUCUUGCAAAAAGUUGUUGCUUUUUAGUGCAGUUAAUUCUGCCGAAUACUUCAUUUUGAUUCUGUGCGAAAUGGAUACUUUGGUUUUGUUGUUUCACAUUCAGGUUACUGUUGGAACAAGAUAUGUUCAAAAGUUAUUGACAUGAUUUCAUAUUCAUAUUCUUUGUCUGGGUUUACUUAUAAACACAUAACGCAACACGUUUUAAAUGCAUGUUAAACAGUUUCGGGAAGGAGAUGUGAAGUACAAUGUUUGGCAAUUAUGAAAGUAUAAAUGAGCCGUUCCUUACACACAAAAGCAUAUAUUAAUAAUCAUUCGUGACUUUGUGAGAACUCAAUACCUACAUUAGUAUAAAUGAUGACAAAGCAUAUUUUUGUCAUAGCAUCGUAAAACAGAGGUGCAUGAAAUUAUUUUAUACGAUUUGGAUUUGGAUUAUUGCAUACGAUACUAAUAAUAUAUUUAAAUAUAUGUCAACUAUAUAGGUUUUGUCGUGGUGCAGAUCAAAUAAUUAUGUUGCAUGUUUUUUUAACAUAUUGUUAAAUGAAGAAUUCUGUUUUUAAUAAAGGAAUAAAAAGGCAAAUUUUUAGAUGCUUUAAAAAUGUGCCAUUUUAUGUGUAUUUGUAUUUAAAAAUACUGUCA